AUGGGAAACUGCAUGGAGACAUGCACGCAGAGGCUACAAGCAGAGGAAAUGCAGCAGCAGGAAUGUGAGAGAUCAGAGAGAGCAAGUGGGACGUUUGUGCAGGAAAGUAAUUUUGGGAAAGGUGCCAUAAGGGUUAAGAUUGUGCUGACAAAGGAGGAGCUGGAGUGGUUUAUGCUACAGCUGAAGGAUAAAGAAGGAAAGAAGCUGGCCCUGGAAGAUGUUUUCAUGGAGAUUGAAAGAGGAAGAGAACCAAGAUCAGUUGAGGGAUGGAAGCCUUCUUUGGAAAGUAUCAUGGAGAGCCCUGAAUUGCUUGAGAUGGACAGAUCAUGA